AUGCAGACCGACAAAAAGGCAACUAAGCCUGAGAAAAAGGAAAUGCUCUCAAAGAUGGAAGAGUUGAAGCAAAAAGCAAACUUUCGCGUUCUCAAGCAAGACGGAGAAUGCAUAGUAAUGGCGCUGAAAGCCAGACUGCAUGAAAUAAGCACACAAGUCGCUAUUAUAGAUCUGAAAAACCUGCACUCACAAGAUCCCAACCAAAACGAAAUAGGCUUGCAGCCUUGUAAAGAUGAUGAAUAUGAGGACCUUGAUCCAUGUAGCCUACUAUCAAACGCUGAUCAAAAACGUGCAGCACAGAAUCCAACAACCUAUCACACUAGCGCGGAGCAACAUCUUGAGCUGUCGCCAGCACUCAGAGUGAAGUACCCACAACUCAAGCUACCCCAUUUCGAUGGUCAAAACGAAUCUUGGGAGGAGUUCUGGGAUACGUUCUCCUUAAUAAUUGAUCAGAAUUCGCAGCUGAAUGACCUCGAGAAAAUACUCUACCUAAAGGACUCAAUCAGAGGAAAAACUCAGCAGGCAAUAAGGAGUAUACCUAUGCGUAGCUCCAACUACAGACUUAUUGUCGAUCUACUGCAGAAAAAGUGCGGUAACAAAGGAAACAACCGGUCGAAGAUAGUGCAAAGGUUCAUGAACAUACCUCAAGCAACUUCAAAAGCAGCUAGCUGCGUAGCAACCCUGGAUCAGGUGAAAGACCUUGUUUUCCAAAUGAUAGCCACUGGCUAUGACAUUCGGAAAAAGCAUGACCCUCUAUGGAUUGACACAAUUCUAGCAAAAUUUCCGUAUGAAAUCAUCAAAGACUGUAUGAAGACAAUCACAAGUGGAUCAAGACUAACCGUGGGCACUUUGUUGGAAGAACUUCAAGAUAGUGUCUCCUUUAGAGCCUAA